GGGUGCGGGGCUGAGAUUCGCAGGUCCGGGAUCACGCCUCUCAGGAUAGAACUGGUCCAGGACGGGCGGGGCCCGAGGUGGGCGGGGCGGGAGGUGGGCAGCCCCCCGCCAACGCUGCAGUGGCGGGUUCAUUCCGGGCUCUUCGGCCCGGGGCGGAGGAGCUCCCGGAGGCUUAACGUACCGGCCCCGCAGGGAGCCGGGAUCCGGACCCGCCGACGCUGGGAAGCGGGCGGCGGAGGAGCCAGGAAGGUGGUCAGUGGGAAGUCCAGCCUGGGUCCCUGAGAGCAACUGGAAGGAAAUGUGGCUGCUGUUGGCCCUACUGAGCAUCCUCCUGGGGGCACCAGCCUUGUCCCUUGAGGCCUCUGAGGAAAUGGAGCUGGAGCCCUGCCUAGCCCCUACCCUGGAGCAGCAACAGCAGGUUUUGACUGUGGCCCUUGGGCAGCCUGUGAGGCUGUGCUGUGGGCAGACUGAGCGUGGUGGCCACUGGUACAAGGAGGGCAGUCGCGUGGCAUCUGCUGGACGAGUACGAGGCUGGAGGGGCCGCCUGGAGAUUGCCAGCUUCCUACCAGAGGAUGCUGGCCGCUACCUCUGCCUGGCACGUGGCUCCAUGACUGUCUUGCACAAUCUUACCUUGAUUAUGGAUGACUCUCUACCCUCCAACAAUGAUGAUGAGGACCUCAAGACCCUCAGAGGCUCCCUGAAUGGCCAUGUUUAUCCCCAGCAAGCACCCUACUGGACACACCCCCAACGCAUGGAGAAGAAACUGCAUGCAGUGCCUGCUGGGAACACUGUCAAGUUCCGCUGUCCAGCUGCAGGCAACCCCAUGCCCACCAUCCAUUGGCUCAAGGAUGGACAGGCUUUUCAUGGGGAGAAUCGCAUUGGAGGCAUUCGGCUGCGCCACCAACACUGGAGCCUGGUAAUGGAAAGUGUGGUGCCCUCAGACCGUGGCACAUACACAUGCCUUGUGGAGAACUCUUUAGGCAGCAUCCGCUAUAGCUAUCUGUUGGAUGUGCUGGAGCGGUCCCCGCACCGGCCCAUCCUGCAGGCGGGGCUCCCAGCCAACACCACAGCUGUGGUGGGCAGUGAUGUGGAGCUGCUGUGCAAGGUGUACAGUGAUGCCCAGCCCCACAUCCAAUGGCUGAAGCACAUCGUCAUCAACGGCAGCAGCUUCGGUGCUGAUGGCUUCCCCUAUGUACAAGUCCUAAAGACAGCAGACAUCAAUAGCUCAGAGGUGGAGGUCCUGUACCUGCGCAACGUGUCAGCUGAGGAUGCAGGCGAAUAUACCUGCUUGGCUGGCAAUUCUAUUGGCCUCUCUUACCAGUCAGCCUGGCUCACUGUGCUGCCAGAGGAAGACCUCACAUGGACAGCAGCAGCGUCGGAGGCCAGGUACACAGACAUCAUCCUGUAUGCAUCGGGGUCACUAGCUUUGGCUGUGCUCCUGCUGCUAGCUGGGCUCUAUCGCCGGCAAGCAAUCCAUGGCCACCACUCCCGCCAGCCUGUCACUGUGCAAAAGUUGUCCCGUUUCCCUUUGGCCCGACAGUUCUCUUUGGAGUCUGGCUCCUCUCACAAGUCAAGCUUGUCCCUGGUGCGAGGUGUCCGGCUGUCCUCCAGCGGCCCCCCCUUGCUCACUGGCCUCGUGAAUCUAGACUUACCUCUCGACCCACUGUGGGAGUUCCCCCGGGACAGGCUGGUGCUUGGGAAACCCUUGGGUGAGGGCUGCUUUGGGCAAGUGGUUCGUGCGGAAGCCUUAGGCAUGGACCCAUCUCAGCCUGACCAAACCAGCACCGUGGCUGUGAAGAUGCUGAAAGAUAAUGCCUCUGACAAAGAUUUGGCAGACCUGGUCUCUGAGAUGGAAGUGAUGAAGCUAAUCGGAAGACACAAGAACAUCAUCAACCUGCUGGGUGUCUGUACCCAGGAAGGGCCCCUGUAUGUGAUUGUGGAAUGUGCUGCCAAGGGAAACCUUCGGGAGUUCCUCCGUGCCCGGCGCCCCCCAGGCCCUGACCUCAGCCCUGAUGGGCCUCGGAGCAGUGAUGGGCCACUCUCCUUCCCGGCCCUGGUUUCCUGUGCCUACCAGGUGGCCCGAGGCAUGCAAUAUCUGGAGUCUCGGAAGUGCAUUCACCGGGAUUUGGCUGCCCGAAAUGUGCUGGUGACUGAGGACGAUGUAAUGAAGAUUGCUGACUUUGGGCUGGCCCGAGGUGUCCACCACAUUGACUACUACAAGAAAACCAGCAAUGGCCGCCUGCCAGUCAAGUGGAUGGCUCCUGAGGCCUUGUUUGACCGCGUGUAUACACACCAGAGUGAUGUGUGGUCAUUUGGGAUCCUGCUCUGGGAAAUUUUCACCCUUGGGGGCUCUCCAUAUCCUGGCAUCCCCGUAGAAGAGCUGUUCUCACUGCUACGAGAAGGGCACAGGAUGGACCGGCCUCCACACUGUCCCCCAGAACUGUAUGGGCUUAUGAGGGAGUGUUGGCAUGCAGCUCCCUCUCAGAGGCCUACUUUCAAGCAGCUAGUGGAAGCACUGGACAAGGUCUUGCUGGCUGUUUCUGAAGAGUACCUUGACCUUCGCUUGACCUUUGGACCCUACUCCCCCUCCAGUGGGGACGCCAGCAGCACCUGCUCCUCCAGUGACUCUGUUUUCAGCCACGACCCCCUGCCACUGGAACCAAGCCCCUUCCCCUUCCCUGGAGUACAGACAUGAGCAGGGGUACAAGGUUGUAUGGGCAAGUAGGCCAGUUAACUGCAACCUAACACAUUUGACUUUGGCAGCUCCAGGCCUCUGACCUGAGGGUGCUGUCCCAGAUCUCCGGCCUUGAUUUGCAGGGGCCCAUUCUUGGUCCUGGGGUUCAUAGUUGGGGGCUUGUGCUCUAGCCUUAUGCUCCUAACCCAGAGUUCAACCCUUGUCUCAGGGUCCUGACCUUGCCCUUGGACUUGUGUUCUGAGAACCCAUUAGGGCUCCACCUCCUGGGCUUUGACACUCAGUCACCAUAUCAGGGGCUUGGCUAGACCUGGCAGCAGAGCUGUUGUUCUAAACCUCGCCACUUUCCAAAACCAACUGAGAGGUUUGAGGCCUCUCAAUGAGGCUUAGACCUCAUUGUCACAAGCCUCCAGACCUCACCCCCCACUGCUUGUUCCAGCAUCUUGGUGGAAGGAGCAUUGGCUCUGGUGUCCCUGAGAGACUAGAAGCCUGUGGAAAAACACAGGAGCAAAUGGCAUUUUAUAAAUUAUUUUUUUUGA